CAGCUUUCUUGGAUGAAGUGACGGCGCUCGGGAUUUGGAAAAGGCUCGUACGCCGACAACGUCCGCUUGGUUUUUGUUUUAUAUCUCACUUUGAAGACUUUUUGAGCAGCUCGAGACCUCUACAGUAAACAUGCUUCAGUUUGGAAGCCGCCUGGCCCAGUUUCAGCUCAGCUCAAGAGCGCCAGAUACUGUUCAAAACCAGCAACCAACACUUUGUGACUUUUUACAGCGUGUCAGGAAACUUACCUGGCUGAAAAAACAAGAUGUUUUCUGCAAUCUGCGUAUCCCUGAUCAGUUUGAGACGGUUAAAGAUGACAUCAACAUUGUUAUACUCACAGGCCAAGGGAUAUUCUGCCUGGAUGUAAAAAACUGGGGUGGUGCUGUCUCUGCUCACGACCAGAACUGGCACGUGAUGGUAAAAAUAAAGGACCACAAUUUUACCAACACCCACAUUGAGCAGAUUGAAGAUCCCCUCAGAGCCAUCACGAUCAAGGCGGCUAACUUGUGUCACCAUUUGAGGAGGAGCGGAGUGUCUGUGAGACCAAAGCUCUUCGUCCCCAGAGUGAUCUUCCUCUCGCCGCACUGUGAGCUGGAUGAGGAGCUGAGGAAGAGGAAGGAGCUGGUGUCUCACAGCCAGAUAGACGACUUCCUCAGAUUGUUCAGGGAGGGCUACCUGUCCUGGAUAUCGGAUGCACUGACUCCGUCUUGGGUCUCUGGACAUCUGUCAUACAGGCAGAUGGAGGCAGUCCGGCAGGUCCUGAGGCAGGUGGGAACAUGGGAUGUGGUGAGGCUCCACUGUGGCGAGCAGCUGAGGGGAGAUUACCAGAGUUGUCAGUACAUCGCCCUCAAACGCCAGGAAACGGACACACUGGAAUUCUCCAGAGUUAAGACGCUGUCGGCUGAUUCACUGUGGGCCCUGCUGGGACACGUUCCUCAGGUUACUGUUAAAAUGUACAAGCGUGGAGCUCAAGGCUGGCUCGGUAAGACCCCGAGCGCCACCGCCACCAUACCCGCCAACACCUGUGUGAUUUUCCGGAUCAGGGGGGAGGAAACUGAUUCCAAAAUCCCAGCCAGCAGCAUAGAAAGCAUCACACUCAGCAUAUGACGGUGUGUGAGUAGAAAAGAAACGUCUCCACCACAGAGCUGAACCAGACUUAAUCACAGGUGUGUCCUACAAAGUCAGCUCAACCUGGAUUACAGGAUAUUUAUUAUGUAUAUUGCUUAAAUGCUUUUUUUUCUGUUUUUUGUGUGUGUGUGGGGGGGGGGGGGGUGUAUUAUCCUAAUAACUUGCAUGUUUAAUGUCCGCAUGUGAGCAUACAAGCCACAUUUGAAUCCUCCAUCCGGCAUGUAAGAAAAAUACUCAUCUUCUUAGGCUUACAUAUGUUAUGUAUUAUUGUUUUAUGACAUCAAAAUAAUAAUAAUCUCAAUAUAUAAUUUCAAAUGUAAGAAACUUUGUCUAUUUUUUUAACUACAAGACAUCAAAACAUUGGCAGUAUACAUGCCUCCACCAAGGCCAUCAUGUCCUUACCUGAUUUAUAGUGGGGGUGCUGUUUAGCAAAUCCAAAUAAUGACCAGAAGGAAAUCAAUGGGAUAUAUUGUUAAAAACUAACAAAAAUAUGUUAAAAAUGAUCAUAGCUGAUCUCUCCACCAAAAACUAAUUUAACAUCCAUUCAUUUGUUUCUGGGAUAUCAAGCUAAUGGACAGAUGAAGAAGCAGUGUGAAAAUAUCAGACAUUUGCAUAUGGCUGUUGUGUACACCAGUCAGGAUGCAAUUUUUUUUUUUUUUUUUUUUAUCAUUUUAUCUUUGUGCACCACCACAGUGAAAUUAUACUGAAACAACUAAGAUGUGCUUGUAAUGCAGACUUUCAGCUUUAAUUUGAGAGGUUUGAAUGAAAUAUCACAGAAUUACAGCCAUUUUUAUCCACAGCUCCUACAUUUUCAGUCUAGAAAUAAUUGGAAAAAAAUUUAAUGUAAGGUUGUUGAUAAAAGUAAUCACUUUUACAGCAUGUUUUCUUGAGACAAGUCAGGGAAUGGAUAUGUGAACAUGUAUUCACCAUACUGUAGCUACAGUAAACAGUAUGGUAAAUCUGUAUGGAUUAGGCCCCAAUCAAAAACAGGAUGAACCUCUAAGAAGACACUAGUGAGGGAAGCCACCAAGACACCCAUAAAAACUCUGAAGGAGUUAAUAUGCUUCUGUGGCUGUAACUGUAGAAGCUUUGCUUUCUUCCACUUUUGUUGGUUGCUUUACUGGUUACACAGCUUGACAGUGGAGUGGCACAGAUAAUGGUUUUCUUAAAAAGAUGUGAAAUUCAGCUACAGAUUGACAGAAGGCACAUGGGAGUUUCAACCCUAGAUUUGAUCUCUCUGCUUGUCUUAAAAUUCUACUCUGUUCCACUCCACUAUGAAGCUGUGACCGUUGGUGCAACAGACAAAAACUGCCCAAUUUGGUGGCUUCCCUCACUAGUCUUUCUUGUAUGGUCACUCGGCGUUUGAGAACAGUCUACUCCAGACAGAUUUACCAUACUCUGUGUUCAUGUAUUCAUCCCCUGACUUAUCUACAGAAAAGUAAUGAUGUGUGUUUAAAAAAAAAUGGAUAUUUAGUUAGUCCAAUUACUUAUG